AUGUCCUCUCAAGCCCAAUCCCCCUUUGAUCAGGGAUACAUGGAACCCCAACUUCUGUCAGCCACCUCCCUUGAGCUUGGCAAAGUAUCCCUCAAGCGUGUCACGCACCUCCUCCUUGGCCUCCUUGGCCACAUCAAACAACUUGAACAGGAUAUUACCAAAAUCAAGGAAGCAGGGGUUGAAACAAGGACCAACAUUGAGAAUAUUUCCCAAACUGUCAAUGUUGUCAAGGAUGGGCUUAGAAGCCUCCAGCUCCAAGGACCCUGCACACCUGAGGGCCCCCAACCCAAAGCUGUGGAGGAAACGCCAUGCCCCUUACCAAAAGCCAAGCCUAUUGGAUUGGCUAGUGGGGUCCCCUUCUGGACAGGACAGCCCCAAGGUCUCCCUGCCUUUGCCCAGCCAACCCCAAGAAGAGCCGCACCCCUGCAAGUCCCAUCUCCCCCUCCAUCUCUGCGUCUCCAAUCCCCCAUUGAGACCCAAGCCCCUCCUCCACUGGCUCCAGCAGCCCACUACCCCUGCUCCCGUAAAAGGAGCAAGGCCAAACAGUGGCUAACUUGUAUGCUGGCCUGGACUUGUCUCAACUUGCGGAUGUUCCCAACCAAUCAGGAGGUUCUAUCCUUCCUCCUGAUGAAUAUGAAGGAUUCUGCUGGAGCCUGGGCCCACCCUCACCUAGAUCAACUAGGCUCACACCAAGCCAUCAUACAAACAGUUGAGGGUUUUAAAUUGGAGUUUUUGGCAGCAUUUGGCAACCCUGAUGCUACUAGGGCUGCUGAACGGAAGAUCACUACUCUCACCCAAUCCGGCACAUGCGCAGAUUAUAUUACAAAGUUCAGGACCCUGGCUAUGGAACUGGACUGGAACAAUGCAGCCCUUAGGGGCCAGUUUGCCUGGGGCCUCCAUUGGGAGGUCAGUCAACAAAUUGCAACCUGCAAGCACUGCCCUUGUACCCUCCUUGAGCUGCAAAACGCAGCACUUGUCAUCAACAAUGCUCUUUGCAAAGAGCGUGCUAGCCACCUGCCAAGGGAUAAUAAGCCUAGCAAAGGAUCCAACCCUGCAAGGGGGACAAGUACCAGUCAGCCAACUACCAGAUCAAAAAAACUCUCCAACAACCCCAACUUUGUGUUGGAAGAAGAGAGGAACCGCCGCCACGCCGCAGGCGCCUGCAUCAAGUGCAGCAAGAUGGGCCACAAGUUUGCAGAAUGCUGCACGGGCUGGAAGGCUACCCCUGUUGAGGAAAAGGGGAAAGCCAAGGAAACCGCCAAGAUUGGCAAAGAGUCUGGACCCAAAUUGGGAAAAGACUAA